ACGCAACAGACAGCUGAUGGAGCCAGGAGCUCUUAUCAUUGUUAUCAAAACUGGACUUGCCGCCGAAUAAAACAAUUAUUAAUCCAAUAUUUCGGUAGAAAAUGUAUUAUUUAUCGUGUUUUUAAUUCUUACCGAUUAAUAGUUAUACACCAAAAAGUAUUACAGUUGUUCUGAACAUAAGUACAGAUAGUUUUGAUGUUGAAUGUCAGAAAUUCCUGCGGUUACGGUAAAACAGCUUCCUCCUAAACAAAUUAUCCCUCUAUACAAAUUGUAUAUAUCUGAAGUUACCGAGAAGCCAAAUUUUUUGAAAGGCAUUGAAAAAUAUUCCGUUCAAAUAUGCGGCGAAAUAACCUAUAUACAUCGUAUUUCAAACAAAUUUUUCGCUAUUACAGUAAAGGAUAAUACCGGUAAAAUUCUCGCAAAAAGGUUUGAAAAAGAAGACAAAUACGCAUUGUUGGAUGAGUUAGGAUGCACAAAAGUCGAACCGAAUAAAACAAUGCAAAGUUAUCUAUUGGAUGACUUUGUUUUUGAAGCUAGUCGAUUGAAUAUCAAAGAAAAUGAUCCAGCUGAUCGCGAGUCGGCAAAAUUAGCUAACGAAGUGAUUGAUUGGUUGGUGACAGAAGUUGUACCAGGUAUGGAACAGCUACAAGAAGGCAGAAAAAUUAUACUCACUGGUGUAUUCCAGAAACAUGACGUUGAAGAAUUCAUCAGUAUUUUUGAUUAUCGUUUGUUGAAUAACGAUAUAGAGUUUCAUGAUGUAACGAAUGAGUUCAAAUACCUGCAUAAAAUGGUGUAUAAAUGAAGGGGCGCUCGUGCUGGAUCACUACGUUGGAAAUUAUUAAUUUUAUGCGUAUCGGACGUUCAGAACAGAUGUGUAAAUACAAUCAUGACUGUAUACUGUACGUAAAAGCUAAAGCUAUACGACCGCUAGUGAAUCAUAACAUAAUAUUGCGGCAACCUGUUGCUAUAACCAUAGGUACCUAUGGCUUUACAGUAAAGCUUUUCAAAGCCCAGUAAAAAUGGCUAAAAACCAUUAUGAUAAUCGAUAUGCUUCAGAAGUAUCAUAAGUAAGAUUUUAGACAAUGUAGUUCCUUUUUCAGUGAUACGAAUCAAUUUAUACAUUACCGAUGUUGUAUCGAAAAAUUACUCGUAUUUAAAAUGUUUUUGUUAUUUUUCUCAUACAAUUUAUAAUGACU